AAGUCUCUUUACUCACGCUACAACUUCCACUCUAAUUAAUUAAUAAUUCCAUCCCACCAUCUAGCUCAUGGAGAUUACGUGCUGCGUUCUCGUACGCUACAUAGCAGUAGCGCUUUCACAGCUUAAUUGUCUCUCGACUGACGUACAUGGGUUAUUGUUUAAUUGUCUCUCGAACUCGAUCUGUUAUCUAUCCUUCGGCCACGCAACUGAAAGUCUUCCCCUGCUAGUUUAUAAUAUUUUGGCAGGUUGGGUUUGCAGUUUCUUCAAACCCGUAUCCUUUGUUGACGUUCUUAUCAAUCAUCAAACUCUAUUUACGGAGGCCUACUCCCGGCCCCUUCAAAUUCUCCCUGCUCCAACUAUCCACCCCCGUUACCAUGCCACCACUCGCUUUCGUCUCCCUCCCCUAAUUUUGGCCAAUUCCUCGUCGCCGGGCGGCCAUUAUGACGGCCGACACAAGAGAACCGGGGUCUCAGGCGGCCGGCAACCGGGAUCUCCUGCCGGUACCCCGCAGCCAGCGCACGUUCACGGCGUGGGACAUGGCCGGCCUCUGGGUGGGGCUGGUAACCGGCGUGCCGUCCUACUACAUCGCCGGCAGCCUGGUGGAGGAGGGCAUGGCUUGGUGGCAGGGCAUCUCCAUCGUCGUCGCCGCCAAGGCAGUCCUCCUCUUUCCCCUCCUCCUCGCCGCCGCCCCCGGCACCCGCUACGGCAUCCCCUUUCCCAUCCUCGCCCGCGCCGCCUUCGGCGUCCGCGGCGCCCACGUCCCCGCCCUCCUCCGCGCCCUCGUCGCCUGCGGCUGGUUCGGCAUCGAGUCCUGGAUAGGCGGCCAGGCCUUCUUUCUCCUCCUACCCUCCUCCCUGCGCUCUUCCUCCCUUUCCCGCCCGCUCCCCUGGCUCGCCACCUCCCCCCUGGAGCUCGCUUGCUUCCUCCUCUUCUGGCUCGCCCAGCUGGCCGUCGUAUGGAGAGGAAUGAGGGGUAUCCGCCUGCUCGAGAAGUACUCGGCGCCGAUCCUGGUCUUGCUCGCCGGUCUCCUCCUCGCCUGGGCCUACGUCCGGGCCGGCGGCUUCGGUCCCAUGCUGUCCGAGCCGCCACGGCUCACCUGGCCCCAAUUCUGGGCCCUGUUUUUCCCCUCCCUCACUGCCAACGUCGGCAGCUGGGCUGCCGUGAUGCUGAGCAUCUCUGACUUCUCGCGCUACGCCCGGAGCCAGGCUGACCAGGUUCUCGGCCAGCUGGGCCUCCCCUUGUUCAUGGGCUCCUUCGCCUUCGUCGGCCUCGCUGUCACCUCCGCUACGGAAACCAUCUUUGGCCGCCUCAUCUCCGACCCCAUCGAGCUCCUCAGCCAGAUCGGCAGCACCUUCGCCAAAAUUCUCGCCAUCCCGGGGAUCACACUUGCGAUCCUGACCACCAACAUCCCGGCCAAUGUUGUUGCUCCGGCAAACGCGCUGGUCAGCCUCAGCCCCUCCACCUUCAGCUUCAAAUCCGGCGCGCUGCUCACCGCGCUCAUCGGCAUCGCGUUCCAGCCGUGGAGGAUCUACAACUCGCCCGACAGCUUCGUCUACACGUGGCUUGUGGGGUACUCCGCUGUCAUGGGGCCCCUUGCCGGCAUCCUACUCACCGACUACUAUGUCCUCCGCCACGCCGUCCUCGACGUGGACGAGCUCUACUCUACUAUCCCCGAUGGAGUCUACUACUACCGUGGUGGGUAUAACGUGGUGGCCAUGGUGACACUGGUGGUAAGCAUAGUGCCAAUAGUGCCGGGAUUUCUUCACAAGCUAGGGAUGCUCGAGUCCACGCCAGUGCCCCUUAUAUUUAUCUACAACAUCGGCUGGUUCUAUGGCUUCUUCUCGUCCGGGCUGGUGUACUUAGCGCUCUCUCGCUGGAAGUGGUUAAAUGGUGGUAGCAGUAGAACUGCUGCUUCUUCUUCUUCUUCCUCCCAUUCCUUGAUGGACGGACUACUUGGCGAUGUGAAAAAUUAAUAGGUGGUAAACUUCAUGUAUUGUUUUUUUUUUUUCUUCUUUUUGGGUACAUAACUUCAUGUAUUGUUUUGUUACCGAAUUACCAAGGAGAGUGGAGUAUGAUCAGCUCAUGAACCUCUCUCCGCCUCACGCGUGUCUAGUUCCUCCAUUAUCAUCAAAUAACUAUGUGUCUAUAUAUUAAUAUGUAAAUGUAUAUGUAUAUGUCACGGCCAUGGCCACUGUAUAUACGAUCCCGACUUUCCCUAAGGAAGACGGUGUUGCCUCACUUUGGGUUUCAACUGCUCAGGGUAACGAAAUGACGGCACAUGGAUAUAUUCAAAAUUGUAACAGUUGUUUAGGAAUCCUGUUACGUUCAAACAGGACGAAUGAGUUUUAUGCAGGUGUCAGGUGGCAUCUGGACAU